AUGACUACGAAUAGAAUGGCCCCAAAGGACCCAGACAUCGAUAUGAUGGAUAUAGACCACAACGACGACGACGAUGAUGAUGAUGACUUUGAUGCCGACGAACUAGAUGCUUAUUUCCAGGCGCAUGGGCUGGAUGAAGUACACGAACCGUUUCGGUGGGGGUCACCUGAACGAGAAGGGGGACAGCAGCAGCAGGAGCAGCAGCAGCAGCAGCAGCAGGGGCAGCAGCAGCAAGUACCACCACCACCACCACCAUCGGGACAACCACAGCGGGAAUUUGAGUCCUACAUGGGAGGGAAGGAUUCCAGGUGGGAAGGGGAGGGGAAGGGGAAGGGGAAAGGGAAAGGGAAGGCUGUUGAAAUUGGAUUGGAUGUUGGAAUAGAUGGCGAACUGGAUGCGCAUUUCCAGGCGCAGGGGCAGGGACUUCAGGGAAUGGAUAUGGAGUUGGGGUUGGCGGAGGAUCAGGAUCAGGAUCAAGAUCAGGAUUAUGAGAGGCCGCCUCCUUCUUAUCAGCCUCCGGUGCAACCGCGAGUACAACAGCAGACUGCUUACAGCCUAGGACCAAAUGCCAAGUGGAAAGGAAAGGAGAAAGAGAAAGAUUAUGGACGAGGGGACGUGCUUGGACUAGAUGCACAUGGUCCUACGGUACUCGGGAAUUCUGCAGGACUAGAGACUCGGAAUGUACCGGGGUUCAGGAAGGGGGAUGUACUCGGAAAUGCAACCGGAUUCGGAAAAGGAGACGUCCUAGGCCGAGACGCUGGAUUUACGAGCGAUGUGCUCGCAAAAGACAGUAGGCUAGCCAAAGUUCGCGCAUGGCUGGACCAAGCCGCAGGUCAACCAUCAUCCAAAGUCCUCAGCAAGGGUAACGCCGCCGCCGCCACCGCCGUUACCACCAACCAACAACAAACUAAAGAGGACGGCCAGACGAAAGCAGAAGGCCAAGAACAAGGCCAGGAACAAGGAAAGGGAGAAACUACCCCUCCUAUUGAUGACCCCGACGACUCGGAAGCCUCCAUCGCUGCUCGUCCCAUCGUUUCGCAUGAUCCUGACCACCCUGAUCGCCCGAUUGAUUUGGACGUCAAGCUUGCGAGGGGGGUUAUUCGGCAUGUGAUUUUGAGCGAAAAGUUUCCUGAGGUUUGGCCUGCCCCGGGGACGGUGGUGGAGGGGGAAGCACAAGAGAUGGUUGGGGGAAAGGGAGAGGAGAGACAGGAGGGGCAAGAGAAGGACCAAGAGAAGAAGGAGGAGAAGGGGGUGGAAGGGGCGGAACUAAAGGGGUUGGAGAAAGAGACGGAUCAAGAGGCAGAUGACUCCAAUGGGCAGACGGACAAGAAGGAAGUUGUUAUUCCAAAAGGGGUGGUGAUGCUCGUAAAGGGUAUCCAAUACCUCAAAAUGCCUCCUGAUUAUUUGGACGGGUCGCAACUUGGAUCAGAGUACGAAUACGAGGAUGAUUCACAGCUUGGAAGCACUCCCGCCUCUGAACUCGGGAAUAGACAGCCUCGUGAACAUGGCAAUGAUAGCCAAAAGUUCUACAACGAAGCAAACGUCGACGAUUCCGAUCACACCGACUACUCCAGCGAGCACGAAAGACGGCACUCCUCCUCUGGUCAACACAGCUUUGCAAAACCCUCCAAAGAACUCGACGACCAUGACCUAGAAAUCCCCGAAACCGACCUCUCAUCAGCCAGCAACCACCCCUCCACCAUCGCCAACUCCGACUCCGACUCCGACAUCCCCAUGUCCAACACCGACUACCCCCUCCCCCCACCAUCCAGCCAAGUCCCACCACAAAGCCAAUCCUCCAUAGUGUCCCGCAAACGCACCUGGUCCCAACGGCAUGACCCCUCAUCUCCCUCUUCUUCCCCUUCCGCCCCUUCACCCCCUUCACCCCCUGCCUACCCAACCAUCUUCGACAACCGCACCCCACCCCCGCGACCACCAAGUUCCAAUUCCGUCCCCUCCCAACCACCCAUGGGUCCUCCAGACCUAGUCAUCCGUCUCCUGCUAUACGACGGCGAGUUCUGGGUGCAAGCCAUUCUGAGACCCGAGUUCCAUUACUUAGUGCUAGGACACGAUUUCGACGAGUGGGCUUCUGUUACGUACCCGGAAGGAGGAGGAAAAAAGAACGGAGAAGGAAAAGAAAAGACAGCGGAGGAAAUAGCCAAGGAAGAAGAAGAAGAAAAGGAGCAGAAGAUGCAGGAAAAAUGGCAGAUGAAGUGGCAGGAAAAGGCAAGGGGGGAUGUGAUGGAGGGGGUGUAUGUGAGGUUGGUAGCGGGGGAUGUGGUGGUGGAGUUUGAGGAGGUUGAUGUUGAGGAGAAGCCGAUGCCUCAGCUGCAGCCGAUGCCUCAGCAGAUACUUGAGCAGAUGCUUCAGCAGAUGAAGGAUGGUGAUGCUGUGAGUAGGGGUCAGGAAAAGGGGAAGGGUAUCCAGGGAGUGAAUGGGAAGCAGCAGGUUGGGGGUAUACACGACGAUGGGAUUGGUGAUCCCGAAAAGUUGGACAAAUUGAGGAGGGAGAUUCUGGAGCGGAAGUGGCUGGAAAAGUGGAAAGAAGUUGAGGAAAGAGAAAAGGCCAGGGUAGCAAAAGAACAAGAAGUCGACAAACCGAAGGAGGAUGGAAAACCAAAGACAACCAAAAUGGUCUGUCUAGUGGUAGGCCACAUGGUUCCGGUCGGGUUGGACAGGAAGUUCAUGAGGGAGGUAAAGAAAGCACAACUCAAGGCUAUGGCAGAAGAGUUAGGUCCCGUCUUGCAAGUGUCAUCGACAGCAAGCGAUAAGAUGGAUUUGGAUAAGAAAGACGAUAAGUCGAAAACACAGCCUUGGUGGGUGCCAACUGGAUACGUGGCGGAAUUGGACGCGAGGGAUGCGAAGAGGAGGAAAGAAGAAGCAGCUCGGGCAAAGGAGAGGAGGAAGGUAGAGGAAGCCAAGGAAGCAGAGGAGCGAAAGGAGCGGACUCGCCUCAUAGAAAGAUUCGAAAAAUUGACAGGGGCUCAGAUGGCGAAGCCGGUUGAAAAGGCAAAGCCGCCUGAGAAGGCAAAGCCGCCCAAGAUCAAACAACCAGAUCCCAGAAUAGUUCUUCCGGAAGAGUGGAAAGAUCUGGACAUGGCUACGGUUGACGGACUCAUCAAGGAAUGGGAAAAGCAGAACAAGCCAAAGCCGCCAACGCCGCCAAAGCCACCGAAACCGGAGAAGAAGCCUAUCGUUACCGCCAGACAAGCACCGCCAUUUCAUCCGUCCUUCACCGCGCAGGAAAUCUUUCUGGUGCAGAAUCCACAACGAAAGCCCGUCAUAAAGGCACCGGAACCUGUUUAUGUGGCAUCGGAACUUAGGUCAUUUCAGGUUGCUCAAGAUACUCGUCCAGCGGCUAUUGUGAACAAUCAGCAGAUGCAGAGGAAGAGGAUCUUGGAGCUUCCACCUAGGGGUCAACGGCGGCCGCAGCAGCAGGGAUCGGGGCCUGGGCUUCCGCCUCAUCUCCAGCCUAAUCCCUUGUUACAGCCGCCUCGGCCGCAAGCACAGAUACAACCUCGACCGCAGCCUCAGCCUCAACUACGUCCUCAACCUCAGCUUCAACCUCAGUCUCAACUACGCCCUCAACCUCAGCUUCAACCUCAACCACCAACUCGACUUCAACCACGACCAUUCUUCCAGCCGCAAGCCCAAGCUCGACCACAGUUCUUACAGCAGCAACCACGACCACAAGCCCAACCUCAACCUCCACACCGUCUUCAACCUCAACACCAACCCCGUCUUCAACCUCAACCUCAACCUCCUCCCCACCCCCCUCCCAAACCCAACCCCCACCUAGCCACCGACCCCACCACCCCCCUCAAACUCUGCCCCCUCCACCAAAUCCCACACCUCCCCUACCCUCAAAACUGGAUGGUCAACGUCCUAGCCAUCAUCGUCUCCAUAUCCGACGUCCAGCCCUCCCCAAUGCCACCAACCUUCAACCAAAGAAUCGUCCGUCUCGCUGAUCAAUCUACACCCAAACAUAUCUUGCUGAAUGUUUUCUUGGAUGCAGAGGAUUUCAAUCCUAAACCCGGGGAGGUGGUACUGUUGAUGGGAGUGAAGAAUCAUAAGUAUGAGGGCGGGUGUUUGAAGAAGUAUUGGAGUGAUCGGCCGCCUGAGGGGUGUUUGUGGAAGUGGUGGGUUGGGGAGGAGGAGUUAAGGGGGGUGGGGUGGUGUAGGGGGGUGGUGGAGGGGUUGAGGGGGUGGUGGAGGGAGAGAGGAGGUGGUGGUGGUGGUGGUUGA